AUAAACAAGUGGCUUUUUGCAGUCUACCGGUUACUAGCGAAUCAAAGUACUAACCUUUGGCAGAGCUACGUGCUCAUUAUCGUUCCAAAUUGCAGUUCAAGCCGCUAACACACACUUCGCGUGCAGCCUAACGUUUUCUUUUAACUUUAUCGAGCACGGAGGGAAAUCAUGUCGGAGUCGCUCUCGGACAACGACAUCAGCCAAGAAGAAUGUCAGGAGGAUGACAUGACCCCGGCCGACUUGAUCGCUAAACUGGAGGAAGCUUGGCUAAAUGAAAAGUUCUCACCGGAGUUGCUGGCCAACCAGUCCGAGGUGGUGGAGUGUGUCAUGGAGCAACUCACACACAUGGAACAAAACCUCCAGAGAGUGAAGAAAGGCGACGCCAAGGCCGGCAUUCAUCGCAUGGAGAUCGACCGCAUCCGCUUUGUGCUGUGCAGCUACGUGCGCUCCCGCCUGCAGAAGAUUGAAAAGUUCUUCCCGCAUGUCCUCGAGAAGGAGAAGUCUCGCAGCAAAGGAGAACCGUCGCUGCUUUCACCUGAGGAGUUUGCCUUUGCCAAAGAAUAUGCUGGAAACACAGAAGACCACAUGAAGUCUGCGGCACUGAGCCACAUGCCCCCCAUCCUCCAGACACUUGACAUGCUCAAAGCAGUACCAGCGCCAUGCCUGGACUCCUUUGUGUUCCUGCGGGUGAAAGAGAGACAAGAGAAUAUCUUAGUGGAGCCCGAAACUGACGAUCAGAGAGAGUACGUCGUGGAUCUUGAAGAGGGCUCCCAGCAUCUCAUGCGCUAUAGGACCAUAGCGCCACUUAUUUCAAGUGGAGCAGCACAGUUGAUUUAAAUGUCAAGGUAAGUAAGUCUCAAGUCCACGCUGGCCCUCCAGCUCAUGCACUCACUCGCCAUUUUUUCUGCACAUCUUUCAUAAGAAACUCCUUUGUGUUGACAUCGACAUCAUUUUGAGCUUUUAGAUUUAUUUCUGUAUAGUUUCUUGGUAACAGUUUAGGAAAAUGUGUUCUAGGUUGAAGUGCAGGUUCAUGAAGUUCACUCAACAAGGUAAUGCAGCCGAUACAGUGUGUGCUUUGUGUUGUAGGUUCUUGUUUCUGGUCUGGGUGCUUUGGCCUCCAGCAGGUUGUAAAAAAAAAAAAAAAAUAACGUAGCAGACAGUUGGACAUGUCUGGACACAACUUGAAAUGUGUAUCCCAUAGCUGCAAAUGCAGCCACAUCAAAUCUUCUUAAUAUUGACUCCUGUUAUUAAGUCCUGAUGAUGAAGAGGAUUGGACAGUUUCUGUGCUGCAUUAAAAGCCUUCCAAGGUAAACUUACCAACGUGUUUACAAGUCCAAAGUUCAAAAACUGCGUGUUUGUGACAGAGAGCUGCUGCUUUUGAAAGGCGUCGUCUAUUGCUGUUAUUAUUUCCUGUGCAGUAUGUUCACACAAAGAUUUAUUAGUAAAUGUUUCAAGAAGAUGAGUAGUAUAAUAAAUAAAAAAAAGUGAGUCCUGCCAAAAUACAUGCCUCAGGCAUUGUGACAUUGGCCCUGAAAAUGUGACAUGUUGCCAGAAUUGUAUUUUUUGGGGGUGAAGCCAUAUUAAUUUCAUCAAAUUUGUUGAGUGAAGAAAGAAAAUACAUCUGUGCAUUUCUUUUUGUGUCAUAUCCAUCUUCGUUGUCAUUUGAACAGGCCCUACUGUGUGAUGGUUUUCCCAUUUGCUGUGCUCGUAUUCCACUCGUCGCUAUGACUCCUAGAAUUUUAUAUUUAUAUAUAUUUUUUUUAUUGUGAGCCUUUUCAUUAAUGGCCUCUAAACUGUGUGCUAUCGUGUCUUCUCUGGGACAUAAUCGGUCUAAAGUUGCCGUUAUGUAAUUUUCAACGGGAACAAUCAGUGUUCAUUGUGUGCACUCGCUCUAAUUACCAAAUAAUUAGAUAAGGGAUGCAGUACUGAUUGAACUAAGCUGAAAGGCAUUAUCUUUGUGAUGAAUCAAUGCAAUACUCCAGUGUGAUCGGAUUAUUAAUGGUGCGGGAAUGUGGUUUUGCUAAGAAAAAUAACAACUGCUUAUAAACAUGAAUGUUAUAAACUAAAUUUUGAAAUAUGACUAUUAAAAACAUACCUA